UGUUCAAAAUCUUGGCGGUGUUGUUCAAGGCACAGAUCAGUUGGCUAACCCUUCUGCAAAGUGUUUUGUACUGUGAAAUCGUACAUAAUGUCUUUUGCGAAGGGUAAACGAUUCACCGAUGUGAAAGCUUGUGCUCCACCAGUUGGUGCCUAUGACCCUAAAGAUCUUGUGAAGAAAAAGGGAGCAGCGCUUAUCAGUUCUUCAACAGAACGGUUCAAAGAGCCAACGGUGAUAACUCCUGGUCCUGGAUCAUUUGACAUCUCAUCUGUGACGCCUGGUAAGAAGGGUCUCAACGACACCCGCUGCAGGCUCAACGCAACAUGCCUGGGAAAUCAAUGUUUUGUUAUGUUUCAGCCCCCCUCAGCAUCAAAGCGAUUACUGAGUCAGUCCUCUUCCAUAUCCUCAUCGCUAGAGAGUUUAUCAUCAAAAGGAAAAGACAAGAAUGAUAAAAAUGGAGGAGUGUGUGAGCGCUGUAAACUAUUUGCUGAACAUGACUCGAAGGACUGGGCUCAAUCUCUCAAGAAAUGCAAGGAGGCCUUACAAGCCCAAAAGUCUCGACUGCAGGAAAAACUAAGAGAGCUAGAACUAGACUCUUGGCAGAAGGAUGACUCUAUCAGGUUCCUGAAAGGCGAGAUGUCUGCAACCACAGACCACAUGUUGCAAGGCGAACAGGCCUUGUUCGAGGCCAACGCAGAGAUUGCGGGGUAUAAAGAAAAGUUUGAACACUUGGAGGAGCAAGAAAAGACUGUCAACGAGAACAUCCGUUUAUUGUCGGAGAAGUAUGAGGUUAUAGAAAAGCAGCUAGCUGAGGAGCAAAGUCAAGGUAAGGAACGCCAGCUGGAGCUUCAGUCACGACUGGAAGUCACCCGGACCAAUCUACAGGAGGUGGAGGAAGAUUGUGUUGAACUUCAGCGAAGGAACAGUGACCUUCUCCGCAGCCUUAACAGGGAAAAGGAUGAGGUGGAAAAACUUAUCUACCAGGUAGAUGAGCAGAAGAAAUUAUCAGGCGACCUUGGCAGCCUACUGGACAGCAAAGAGGAGAUCAUUACAGACCUAGAAAUACAUCUUGAGGCAACUAAAGUAGAGUUACAGAAUACAAAGGACACGGCAGAGAAAAACGCUACACUCCUACAGGACCUCCGCAAUAAGAUCUCUGAGCUGGAGUCAAAGGAGGAAUCCUUACAAAACCAACUGAAAGAGGAAAGUAUGAGCAGUAAUCAGAUAGCUCGCUCCCAUGCUGACAGAAUUAUGGAACUUGAGCAGGAAGAGAUGGUUCUCAAGGAAGAAGCACACCAGAAGGACGAGAACUUCAAGUCCGCUGUGAGGAAGUGUGAGCGUCUUGAGGAGCAGGUCGAUCGGCUUACAGUACAAGUUAGUGAUAUAAAGGAAGAAUUUGAAUGCACUGUGAGUGAGGUGAAACAUACCAAGGAGAAAGAGCUGAGAGAUUUGAUGGCAACGGUGGACAGGACAAGAGCAGAAAAGGAUGGACUGGAGAGACAAAUUAUUGAACAGACAGACAAAAUCUCAGCUCUUGAUGAUGAUGUCGUACUUCUUUCUAAAGACAAGGAAACCAUAGAGAAAAAGAUGGCUGCCAGUGAGGUAGACUAUAAAAAUACCAUCGGUGAACAGAUUAAGAAUAUUGACGACAUGAAUACCAAGAUAGAGACUCUUUGUCAGGAAAAGUUGGAACUAUUGCGACAGCUGGAACAGGUCGCCCUUGACAGAGAUACAGUUAAACAAGAGCUUCAGCAAACUAAAGAGAGUGUUACAGUAAAUGCUGCCCAGAAGGAGGCAGAGUGGUCACAUGACCUGCAGCGUCUGACUAGUAACCUGGAGACAAUUACAGAGGAAAAGCAAAUGUUGGAACAGAAAUUAGCACAGGCAGUAGCUCAGAGGACCGGGCUCAGUGAAUAUGUUGAGGAGAUUAAGGCAGAGUUGGAAUCACAGAAAAGAACUGUUGAGGAGGUCACACAAAAGUUGUCAGACAAUAUAGUUACACUAAGUGAGAGUAGGGAUGGCUUACAACAUCAGCUCCAUACAGAACAAACCAAUUGUAAAAGUCUGCAGAGUGAAAACAGCAGUCUGAUGAGUGAAAUCGACUACCUACAGAAAUCCACGGAACAGCUGAAAAGUGACAUUACAGAAGAAGGAAAGCAACACCAAAAACAGAUCAAAGGGUGUGGUGAGGAGAGACAAAGACUGGAGAAUCAGCUAGCAGAUAUGGAGAAACAGCUCUCUACACUAAAAGAGGAACUCUCAUCAAGUGUAAUGGAGCGAUCAUCAGCCAUAGAAAAAGUGACAGAUUUGACUGAACAAGUUUCCAAACUUACUGAUGACCUGACCAGCAGUCAGUCUACAAGUGAUAGUAUGUCUGACAAGGUUGCAUUUCUAGGGAAGAAAAUAAUUGACCUGGAAGAGGAGAUAGACUCUGCGAAAUCUGUAAACUUCUUUCUCAGUAAUCAGGUCACAGGGUUGACUGAGCAAGUGACAGAGUUUGAAAACAAACUAGGAUCUAGUCAAACUAAAAACCAGGAGCUUGAUAACCACAUUAGACGAAUUAAACACACAGUUGGUGGACAUGAAAGGACAGUUGGAUUGUAGUGAGAGCACAACGACAGUUUGACACGUCAGGUUUCUGGACUGAAGGACCAGGUGGCUGUUUUAGAGGAAGGUCUGAAAUCAAGUCAGAUCCUGAAUGAAGCCAUUACACAAGAAAAAUCUGCACUUUGUGAGGAAUUAGUUUCUGUGCAAGCGGAAAAAGAAGCGCUUUCAGAACAAAUUUCUGAACUUGCAAGCGAGUUGUCCACAGUCGAGUUAGAAAAGGAGUCGUUUUGUAAGCAGGUCGAUUCGUUAGCAGACAAACUGGUAGAUUUACAGUCAGAAUAUGAUACACAGGGUGAAACUGUAACAGUUCUUAAAGAUCAGUUAUCUAAUAGUGAGGCCAGCUCAAAGGCCGUCUCUCAGAAAGUGUCAACUCUGGAGGAACAAUUGAAAUCUAGUCAGAUAGAAUUCAGGGCAAAGAUGGAAGAAGCCUCUCAUUUAAAAAGCUACCUGUCACACAUGGAGGAUGAGGACAAGAAACACAAGGAGUAUAUAGUAACCUUAGAGGAGCAGCUAGCCGAGGGAGCCAACAAACAGGACCUUGAGCAGACCCUAGAGGAGAUGGAAAAAUGGAGAAAACUGUACGAGGAUCUUCAGGCAAAGGUAGAGCCAUUUAUGGAACAGUUGGAUGCUUUUGAGUUGGAGAAACAUGCUCUGAUGGGUCAAAGCAAGAACGCCCAGGCUGAGGUAGAUAAGCUGAGUAAGGAGUAUGCCAAGCUGUUGGGUCACCAGAACCAGAAACAGAAAAUUCACCACAUCAUCAAAAUCAAAGAGGAAAAUAACACACUGAAAAAGGAGGUAUCUACUCUACGUGAACAAUGCAACAAGCAUAAAAGAAUGAUAGGCAAACUAGAGGAUAAGGUCAGGGCUGCUGAGGGCAAGAAAAGGUUUGACACUUCAAAGGCUUUCUCACAAUCUAAGGAAAAUCUGGUACCUCCUUCAUCACCACUCCGUGACGGAAAUCGACGCUGAUUGUUUUGAACUGCAGAUUCAUUGGCAGCUGAUCAACUCAAGCCAACCUUUCUCCGCUUGAUAAUUCCAGUUUUAGUUUACUUUUAACAUUUCAUGAUUUUUUUAUCUGUUGUCAUUCCUUCCGUGUUUAUUCAAUUUACCUCCUUUGAAAGUCCAAGCCAAAAAGUGUUACAUACAUAUCAUUAAGCUCAUGCAAGAACUAAGUUUAGAUUCUAUUCUAACAGGGAUUGAUUUUUGUUUUUGCAUUAUACUAAAGAGAGGAAUUGAAAUACUUCUGUUUUUAUUUGCUCGUAAUUUUCGUUAUUAUUUUAUUGCCAUUGUUUUAUAUUGUGGUUUCAGCUUCAGUUUGUAUCCCAUUGUAAUACUUAAAAUAUUACUCUUUGUUAUAAUUGAUAAUUUAUGAUACUUUACCAUUAUUGCCCUGAAAGUUUCCUUGAAAUAGGAAAAAUAAAUCUAUAAUUAAAAUGGCCAUUUAUCAAAAGACCUUUGUUUUAUUUUUUAAGUUUUUCAUUUUUUUCUACAUUGCAUAAAAGCCUCAGGUUUAUCAUUUCACACCCAAAUAUGGGAUAUGUACGUGUAAGUGCACCAUUAUUUCACACCCAAAUAUGGGAUAUGUACGUGUAAGUGCACCAUUAUCAUUACAUCACAUAUAAUAAUCAUCAUUACAUCAUCAUCUUUGUUUAGGUGGUGGACUAUUUAAAUCUUUGAUUUGUCCAUUGUUUGUCCGUCUGUCUGAAAAUAAUCCUUGUUAUCACUAAUUCUUGAAGUACUGGAAAAGCUUCUCGAAAUUGUAUACAUCUCACACUACCAACAUUAUCAUCAUCAUUGCAUUGAUACUUCUUGCACUACCAUUAUCAUCAAUAUAACUCACACUAUCAUGAUCAUCAUCAUCAUCAUCAUCGUCAUCAAUGCAUUUCGCACUGCAGUCAUCAUCAUCAUCCAUCUUGCGCUUUCAUCAUCAUCGUCAUCAAUAAAUCUCACACCACCACCACCAUCAUCAUCAUCAAUACGUCUCCCACUUCCAUCAUUACCAUCAGCAUCAUCAUGCACUUUAAUCAUCAAUGCAUCUCCCAUCAUCAUCAUCAACAACAACAUCAACAUCAUCAAUGUAUCUUACACUACCAUCUUACACCAUCUUAUUCCAUUUUCUGAUUCCAGUUGACAAAACUGUUUGAGUAAUAAUACAGUUAUAGUAAUCUUGAUCUUUUCAUUUCAUGAGAACCUGAGGUUGGUCAAAAUUGUUAUUUAUUUAAAAUCUUUGAAAGCAACAUAAAAGAAGUUAGAAGUGGGGUGUCAUUAUUGAAGUAAAUCAUGAUUAAAUUUUACAAAUUGUAACAAACUCAUUAUUCCUAGUCUAAUGAGUUGUUACGUGACAUUCUGAGCCCAAUAAGGCAACGCUGAAAUCCUAUAUAUGUGUCACUGACUAUUGCCACUACAUUGAGAAUGAAAACACUCUGCAUUAUAACAUACUGUGUAAUUCAAUGGUAUAUUGUUGUAGUGUUUAUGCAUCGUCGCACACCAUAUCUAAUUUCGAAAAUCUGAUGGAUUUCUUAUUAAUGAAAUUGCCCCUGGGAUGUGAGGUUGGUGUUUAUGUUGAAAAUUGCGGGUCAAGUCUGUAUUCUGACAACCUGUAAAAUCUUACCAGUAUGGCGUUAAAUUAGAUAGUUUGUUUUGUAUUCUGACAGGUCAUGACAUCUGACCAGUGUGGUAUCUAAUUAGAUAGAUUCA